GGAUGAAGAUAAAUAGACACUAAAGAUGGCGACGAAAGAAUAUUUAACAGAGAAAGUCAGAAACCACGUAGAGGCGAAUGCGGCGAAAUGGGAAUAACAAAACAUUUUUAGAGUUAUUUUUAUGAGAUGGUGCUUCAUUUUUCACCGAAGCUGGCUAGCGGUAGCUAGCUCGCUAAUGUUUAUGUGCAGCUUCUGGGACUUAAAGUUUAGCUGUAAGAAUUGUUAUCCCAUAUGCUAUAGUUAACUUGACGUUGUCGCCGCCAAGGGUCUAUAGAUUAACGUCCAACUGAACAGGUUACAAGAUAUCAAUGCGUAACGUCUCUGUGUUAAAUUUCAGUUCAAGUCCCUAUUGUAUCUAACGUUAAUUUAAGACGGCAUAACGUUAGCGUUAGCCUCCGCUUAACGCUGAAGAGGGUUAGCGUUAGCUGAAAGGGAUAUCGUCAUGUAUUUUUUAACUGGCUGGCCUCGAAGGCUUCUGUGCCCUCUCAGAAGUGCGGAGGAACCGUUUCACAUUCAGCCGAGCAACCAAAGGCUUUUAUUCGCGGUUUUGUCUGAAACUCAGCUGAGUAUUUGGUACAGCCGGCCUAGUGUCCUAAUAGUGAGCUACAUUGAGUCAGUGAAGGCAGCCACCCGAUUUGGAUUUUAUCAGCAGUCUGAAUGGAAGCCAGACGAUUCCAUGAUAGCUGUAGUGGCUUCAAAGGGAUACAUCCUUUUGUUUGAUGUGGUUGGAGGCGGUGAUGAUAAAUACCUCUAUGAACCUGUCUACCCCAAGAGCAGUCAGCGAGUUAAGGUAACUCCUGGGUAUAAGGAUGAACAGUGUGCUCCUGCUCUCAGUCUAGAGAUGAAGAAACCAGUUGACCUGGAGGCCCCCAUCACCAGUCUACAGAGUCUGCCAGAGGACCUAGUGGUAGCCACAGCGGAUGGUUAUUUGCAUAUUCUGCACUGGGAUGGUGUGAGCAAUGGCCAUAAGACCAUCAGCCUCUGCACAAUCCCAUUCAGUUUGGAUUUGCAGUCGUCCAGAGGUGGACCAUGUUUAGACCUUGAUGGGGUCCAUAUCCGAGACAUGGAAUACUGUGCAACUCUAGAUGGCUUUGCUGUUGUUUUUGAUGACGGACGACUGGGCUUCAUCACGCCAACAGCUAACAGAUUUACUGCUGAUCAGCUACAGGGAGUCUGGGCAGCUGAUGUGACUGAUGGCACAUGUGUAGCAGUCAAUAACAAAUACAGACUGAUGGCAUUUGGCUGUGCAAGUGGUUCCGUGUUAGUCUACAUGAUUGAGACUACGACCGGGUCGAUGCAGCUGUCCCACAAACUGGAGUUGACCCCAAAACACUACCCAGAUGUAUGGAAUAAGACGGGCCCUGUCAAGCUGAUUCGUUGGUCACCAGACUACAGUGUUGCCAUGGUGACAUGGGAAUAUGGUGGCCUUUCUCUUUGGAGUGUGUUUGGAGCUCAGCUUAUAUGUACUUUGGGGGAGGAUUUUGCUUAUCGCUCUGAUGGCACCAAAAAGGAACCAUUAAAGAUCAACUCUAUGUGCUGGGGUGCAGAGGGCUACCACCUUUGGGUGAUUGGCUUGACUGAAGGAGAUAUGGACAGACCAAUCACACUCCAGCAGUCUGGCAUCCUGCAGUUUCAGUUCAUUAAGAGUGCACUCACGGUCAACCCAUGCACGAGUAACCAGGAGCAAGUGCUCCUCCAUGGUGAAGACCGGCUUUACCUGACAUGUGGAGACUCCACUCAGGCCCAAAGCAUCCCUGAUCCACACCUGCCUAAAGAGAACAGCCCACAUCAUGGGCCCACUUCAGUUCCUGCCACCUCCCCUAACAUUGCUCAGGGACUCAGCACUUUACUUGGCCAUAAGCACUGGCACGUGGUCCAGAUUCAUAGCACUUAUCUCGAGAGUAACUGGCCCAUACGGUUUGCAGCCAUAGACUCUGCUGGCCAGUGUAUGGCUGUAGCUGGGAGACGUGGAUUUGCACAUUACUCAUUAUACACCAGGAAAUGGAAACUCUUUGGGAACAUCACCCAGGAGCAGAACUUGACUGUAACUGGAGGCCUAGCCUGGUGGAAUGACUUCGUUGUUAUUGCCUGUUACAAUUUCAUUGAUCAGCAAGAGGAGCUGCGGCUGUACCCACGGUCCUCAAAUCUGGAUAAUGCCUUUGCUAGCACAACCAAGCUGCAUUCAGACACUCUGCUGCUUAAUGUGUUCCGCAACAUGGUGGUCCUCUUCAGAGCAGACUGUUCAAUCUGUCUCUACAGCAUUAGCAGGAAGCAAGACAGUUCAACCCCCUCAACAUGUGUAGAGUUGCUGCAGGAAGUGUCCAUGUCGCGUUACAUCCCUCACCCUGGGCUGGUGGUGUCUGUCACACUUACCUCAGUACGUACAGAGACAGGCAUAACCCUCAAAGCCCCCCAGCAGGCCUGCUUAGCGGAGAGCAUCAUGUUAAAUCUUGCAGGACAGCUUAUUAUGCUGCAGAGAGACCGUUCAGGCCCACAGGUACGGGAGAAAGACUCAACGCUCAGUCAGAAGAAGUUGCUACCGUUCUGUCCCCCAGUAGUACUGGCCCAGUGUGUGGAGAACGUAUGGACAACGUGCCGCAGCAGCCGCAAGAAGCGUCACCUGUUGGAGGCUCUGUGGUUGUGGUGUGGGGAGGCAGGGAUGAAGGUGUGGCUGCCACUCUUCCCACGGGACCACCGCAAGCCUCACUCAUUCUUAUCGCGCCGCAUCAUGUUGCCUUUCCACAUCAAUAUCUAUCCACUAGCUGUGCUAUUUGAAGACGCUUUGGUGCUGGGUGCCACAAAUGAGACUGUGCCGUAUGACGGUGUUGGAGGAGGGGCAUGUGCAGCCACUGAACCACUUGAGGCCAUAUUCCCCUUCUGUACAGUGGAGCGUACCUCCCACAUAUACUUGCACCACAUUCUUAGGCAACUGCUUGUGCGCAACUUGGGUGAGCAGGCGCUAAUGCUUGCUCAGUCUUGUGCCAGCCUGCCCUACUUCCCUCAUGUUCUGGAGCUGAUGGUGCAUGUGGUGCUGGAAGAGGAGGCCACUUCCCGAGAGCCCAUCCCCGAUCCACUGCUGCCUACAGUUGCCAAGUUCAUCACAGAGUUCCCCUUUUUUCUGCAGACCAUUGUGCACUGUGCACGCAAGACUGAGUAUGCACUCUGGAAUUACCUUUUUGCUGCUGUGGGUAACCCUAAAGACCUCUUUGAGGAGUGCCUCAUGGCCCAGGAUCUGGACACAGCAGCAUCCUACCUUAUAAUACUUCAAAAUAUGGAAGUACCAGCAGUGAGCCGCCAGCAUGCAACACUGCUCUUCAACACUGCUCUGGAGCAGGGGAAAUGGGACCUUUGCCGUCACAUGAUUCGCUUCCUCAAGGCUAUUGGUUCAGGAGAAGCCGAGACUCCACCCACUACGCCAACGACCCAGGAGCCCUGCUCAUCAGGAGGCUUUGAGUUUUUCAGGAACCGAAGCAUUAGCCUCUCCCAGUCAGCAGACAGCAUUACAGCAGGGAAAUUCAGCCUUCAGAAGACAUUUAGCAUGCCCUCUGGUCCUUCAACUAAAGGGGCAGAUCGCUGGAACAAGGAUGGUGACUGUGCAGAAAAUAUGUACAUUGAUAUGAUGCUGUGGCGCCAUGCACGACACCUUCUAGAGCAGGUUAGGCUGAAGGAGCUGGGUUGUUUCUCAACACAACUAGGCUUUGAGCUGAUUGGCUGGUUAUGCCGGGAGCGUACACGAGUGGCACGCGUGGAUGAUUUCGUCACUGCACUCAAACGAUUGCACAGUGAUUUUUUAUGGCCCUUCCCGGUAAUCCCUGCUUGUGCACUCAACUCUCCACUCAAGAAUGGACGUCGUACAGUAUUAAGCACACAUCUGCUAAAGUCUCAGUCAGCUGACAGCCUGCUGAAUAGCAACAUGGAAGCAACUCUGCCUGUAAUUGUUCCCACCAACAACAGUUGGCUAGAUGGAUUGGGUGCAAGGUCUAAAGAAAUGGACUUGGCCUCAUCCCAUGGAGUCCCUGAAACACAGGAGGCUUUCUUGUCACCACUCAUCAACAAAGUUGAGGAGUGCAGCAUUGGUUCAGCCACUGAUCUGACUGAGACCAGUUCCAUGGUGGAUGGUGAUUGGACCAUGGUUGAUGAGAACUUCACCACCUUGUCUCUUAGCCAGUCAGAGCUGGAACAUAUAUCCAUGGAGCUUGCCAAUAAGGGUCCUCAUAAAUCCCAGGUGCAGCUCAGGUACCUGCUUCAUGUGUUCAUGGAGGCUGGCUGUCUUGAAUGGUGUGUGAUCAUUGGACUGAUCCUGAGGGAUAACAACAUAAUCAAGCAGGUGGUCGGCUUCCUGGAGAGUCCUGAUGUCCCGCCUGAGACUGUUCUAAGCAUCCGAAGUGGCCUUCUUGCAGUCGAUGCUUGGGCCUCAUCUGACUGCUUGGGGUACAAGCCAUUCUUGAAGCUGAUUCAGCCUCAGCUACAUAAACUACUAGAGAGUGCAGUGGAGCCAGUGAACCCAGAGUCCUUUCAGCCUGCCAAUGUUACCAAGCUGCUAGAGCCAGCCAUCCCAAGGUUGGAAGAACGGGGUGGCUCAGUACCUCUUGGGCUUUCUUUAUCCCUGGAGGCUCCUGGCUCAGGUCCUCUAGAAGACCGACCAGAGGAGGAAGAGAAGGAACAUAGCCCAGAGGAAGGUACAUAUGACUGUACUCUGUCUUGAUCCCCCAACAUUUCUGCAUUCUCUGAAACAACCAGGCAGUUGUGUGGCCCAGAGGAUAUUGAUGAACACGAAGACAUCAGACCUAAAACUGGAGUCUUAUACACCAGGACCCUUAUCAAUACUAUUUGCUUUUUCGAAAUGUUGUAUCAUGCUUUAAUGCUUUUAGAUAGUGGGAGUGUGUCCAUAUGUUUGGACAUUGAGGGAUGUAUGUAUGAUUUUGCCAGGUGUGGAUUGGUUGUCUGUGUUCUCUCACUCAUAUUAGAUCUCCCCCACAAUUUCAGUAUAUUUAUGUCACAGGCUUUUACAACCGAAUACACACAUCCUGUAACACAGUUCCAGAAUCUGCAUACAGACAUUUACCAGCCAAAUGUCUCUGCUGGUUUUACAAGUCAUGUUUUGUACAGUGACCUUGUUUGAAAUUGAAUUUUGCAGAGAGUCCUGAAGAUUAUUUAUUGGAGGCACGCCAAGCUUUCUACCAAAAUGGAAAUAUUUGUUAGCUCUUUAUGAAAACGCAUUUCAGGGUAUACACACAGGCAAACCAACAGCUAGCAUAUGCAUGACUCGUAGCAGUUUCAUCUAGUUUGUCUGAAUGUAAAAGCGUUACAUGCAUGUACAUGUGUAUGGAGCCAGUUUUCUCUCUCUGCCAGCAGAUUGUCAUUAUUUAUAGCAGUUCCAUGGAGAGGAGUCCCAAGACAAUGCAAGUGACCCAGUGUUAUUCCAGCUGAGCUUUCACUGCUUGUGUGUCUCAUCCUUUUCAAAGCAACUGAAUAUAUUAUGACCAAAGACACAGAAUAUAUCACAACCACACCCACAACUCUUCUCACAAACAGUGUUAAUAUGCUUGAACAUUGAUAAUUAUUCAUAUUUCAAAAUGUGUAAACAAUCUUGACAAAGGAUUUCUGUCCUGGCAAUGCAACAUUUUGGUCUUGGUUAUCAAUUUUACUGCCAGAAAGCUGUAUGGUACUGUAGCUUUACACAUCAUGUUUGUGUUUUCAAUUUGUUUGCUCACACUCUCAACUUCAUGUUUAUUCUAGAAUAGAAUCAUCUAGAUUAGUCAGCCACAGGUUGGCUCAACUACUAACAACUCACUGCAGCCAUGCAUACAAAACCUCCAUGUAAUGAUGUUCCAUGUCAUUGAAGCACAAAACACAGUUUCUGUGUUUCACGUCAUGCUUUUUGCUGUCGUUGAUGUCUACAGGUAGACUUGUGUGUGUCUAGGUAGUCUAAUGUGCAUCAACAGAACGCUGUGUUAAUCUUGACUGGCAGCUGACUAGUGGUGUCUAUCAUUAGCCUAUCAUGACGACAUGACAUUUUGGUUCUGCAGGACUUUCAUGUGUUGUAGAAUGAGAAAGUGAAUGGCUUAAGAUCUCAUCAAGAAUGGCCUGUAAUACCUGUAAUAAUGGUUUAGGAUUGACCAGGCAAUUUAUUUAGAUGUUUAUGAUAAUGCUGUGUUUAUAGAUUAUUAUUAAGGUUUUGCAUCCACGAACGUCAUAAUGCCUUAAUGUCAUGUGAACUCUAAAACAAACAUGAAGUGUGAGUGAGAGAUAGAAUGGCAUGAACUCUAAGAAUACAUCUAACGUCGACCUUCUGGCAGUAAAAUCUUUCUCUACAACCUAUGAGGUGAAAUGAGAAUAUUGUCAAUAAUCCUGAUUUGUUUAAUGUAUGCACAGCAACCUCAUUAAGCACUGAAGAGCAAGAAACAGGCAAUUAUGAGAACAAUUUUAUCACUGCAUUUACCUGGACAACAUUUCACUUUAAGUGUGUCUAUGCUGUGGUAUUUAUUUUUUGGUUGUACAGAAUAUUGAAUAUAUGACAUCCUAUGACAUCCUAUCCUAUGACACUGUUCUAAAAGUAUUCACUCUAAUAUGACUUUGAUGAUUUAUGAUCAACUUUUGUACAGUCUGUUACUUGCAGGGAACUAUGAUCUUAGGUAUAUUAAUUUGCUGUGUGUUUAAUAGGUUCAUAAUUAUUCUUUAGGAUAAUUAUGGUCUUAGCACUGGCAGAAAAAUGAAACUGAAAAUUAAAAAUUAAAAACAAAUGCCCAAAUCCUUCUCAAAUAGGCGAGACAGCCCCUUCUACUGCACCAGUAUUAUUUUUGUGCAAUGUAGUUAUUAUUUCUGUCAAUAUUAUCUGCCCCCACCCCCCAAAUUGGAGAUCAACUGAGCCCUGCUCUCUCUCUUGCUACUUAGUUUGUAAAAACAGAUGUUCAUGCAGGCCUCUGGUUUCAGUGACUCACACCAUCAAAGAGUGUGCAUUGCAUAGUAUUAAUGAUGUGUUGGCAUUAAAAGCACACUAGAGUCCAUCUGUCGAGCCUUCUCUUCCCUCACACAUCUCCCUUACCUUUUUGUAUUUAUUCUAUGUACACACAUAAAUUAAAUUGUAUCAUGAAGACCGUUUUCUAAAUAGUUUUCUGGAAACAAAAAAAGAAAAUGUGUGCAAGACUUGUCUCCUAUUAGCACUGUCUGAUAGUCCAAAUUGUCAAGUGGGCUGUGAUUUGAGGUGUUGUACUGUACUCUGUCCAUGCUUAAACAUGUAUGUAAUAAGGGAGUGAUAAUAUAGUGUUUCUAGGUGGAAGAUUUCCACUUUCUUCCUGUGGACGGUAAAGUAUUGCUCUUUGGCACAGAAAUGUUUUCUGAGACCAGGCUGUUCUUACAGCAGUAUACAUGCAGGUCUCCUGUACAGUUUUUUUUUUCUAUUCACUCUAGUUUUCUAUUUCCUG